GGAAUAUGUGAAGGUCGAAGAGUUUUUCUGAGAUGGCAGAGACCAGAGAGAACCUCAGGAGGAGCUGUUCUUCGCGUGUGCGAUUUGCGUUCUCACACUGCCACUCGCUCUAUGAGUACCAGCGACGUAUUGCCGUUUGCCUUGCCCCAAUGGUUAAAGGCUGUUGAAGAUGGCCAUUCGACCUUUCGCUUCACGCUCCAAAGCUUUUCUCUAUACCUUCCAUUCUUUUCGUUCUUCUCACUUCUCUCACCCCCACAAAGCCUGUCUCUCUCUUCUCGCUUCACCCUCUUCCCAUCCAUCGAACACCCACUUCUUCAGACCCUUCACACACUCCCAUGAUCCGCCACCCCCAGACCAACCUUCUUCCCCAGAAGAGAUAAACGAGAUAUGCCGAAUUCUGAGCGAUUUCAGAAGACCCCACCAUGACAUUGACCCCGCUCUCGCUCCCUUCUCUUCCAAAAUGUCUUCAAAUUUGGUGGAGCAGGUUUUGAAGAGGUGCAAGAAUCUGGCGUUCUCUGCCCACAGGUUCUUUCUUUGGGCUCAAAGAAUAAAGGGGUUUAAUCAUAGCAGAGAGAGCUAUCACAUUUUGAUUGAUGUUUUAGGGAGCAGUAGGCAAUUCCCAUUGGUUUGGGAUUUUCUUUCGGAGAUGAGAGAGACUCGGUGUUGUGAAAUUAGCCCUCAAAUUUUCAGGGUUAUUUUCCGGGCAUAUAGUAGAGCUAACUUGCCGUUGGACGCCAUUCGAGCUUUUAACAAAAUGGCUGAUUUUGGUAUUAAACCAGGACUUGAUGAUCUCGAUCAACUUCUGUAUGUAUUAUGCAAAAGGAACCAUGUGAAGCAUGCCCAACAGUUCUUCGAUAGAGUUAAGCUUGAGUUUGAGCCGAGUGCAAAAACUUACAGCAUUUUGAUGAAUGGCUGGGGGGAAGUUAGUGAUCCCAAUGAGGCUCGCAAGUUGUUCGAUGAAAUGCUUGAGAGAGGGUGUUUGGUAGAUGUUCUUACUUAUAAUUGUUUGCUGAAGUCACUGUGCAAAGGAGGUAAUUUGGAUGAAGCAUACAAGGUGUUUCGAGAGAUAAGGUCAAAAGGAUUGGAACCGGAUGCUUGGAGUUAUUCGAUAUUCAUUCAUGCUUCCUGUGACAGAAACGACAUUCAUUCAACUUUUAGAGUCCUUGAUAGAAUGAAAAGAUACAACCUUGUACCUAAUGUGUAUACUUAUAAUCAUAUUAUAAAGACUCUUUGUAAGAGUGGCAAGGUGGAAGAGGCUUAUCAACUUUUGGAUGAAAUGAUUGAGAGAGGAGCUAGACCAGAUGUGUGCAGUUAUAAUGCAAUUCAAGCUUUCCACUGUGAUCAUUGUGAAGUAAAUAAGGCCCUUAGGCUGAUCUCAAGAAUGGAUAAUGACUAUUGUGUGCCAGAUCGGCAUACUUAUAAUAUGGUUCUCAAAAUGUUGAUCAGGGUGGGCAGAUUUGAUAGGGUGAUGGAAGUUUGGAAGGGUAUGGAAGAGAGGGGUUUCUAUCCUUCUGUUUCGACAUAUGCAGUCAUGAUCCAUGGCCUCUGUCAGAAGAGAGGAAAACUGGAGGAAGCAUGUGAAUACUUUGAGAUGAUGAUUGAUGAAGGGUUACCACCAUAUCCAUGUACUAUUGAAUUGUUGAGGAACCGUCUAUUGGGCUUGAGGUUCCUGGAGCGCAUACAAGUACUUGCAGAAAAGAUGGAGCGAAGCACCUCUUGUUCAAUACAAGAGCUGUCAAACACAAUGAGAGGUGAUAAAACCUGUGGAAGAUUGAGAAGUGAAGAACAGAACUAGCAAGUAAUUUAGAAGUGAUGGGUAUGAGGGUCUCAAACUGAACAAAUGGUCCACUUACGACUGCUAUGCGGUAGUUUAUUUUUCUUAAGUGUAUCUCAUCUGUUUACUUAUAUCACAUAUCUUAGUGACAAAUUUUACUUCUCAUGGCAAAUGACAUUGGUUAGGCAUGUGUAGCAAGCACCUGAGAAUAUGAUAGUAGUCAAAAUACUUUUUUCUUGAUAA